GAAAAGAGAAGACAUGCAAGCUGCACCUGCUUUACGAGCAAUGGUGCUCUGCCAAGGAGAUCUGGUCAAGCUCACAGCUUGUCUUGCGCCUCAAGAAGUCAUUGAACUGUCGAACACGUGGAGCCCGCAGGUGGAUGAUGAAGAAGGACAUCAUCGCCCGAUACGGCGAGGAAUUGGCGGAGGAGAUUGUGCAAUCCAAGAGCGCUCCCGAGAUGGAGAAUGUGCUUUGGAAGAAGCACCCAGAAACAGAUAGGCCGGAGUUCCGCCUAUUUUUGUGCUGGGAUGAGUCGACAGAGGAAGAGAUUACUGACGACCUGGUUGAGAUGAUGUUUGAGGGAUAUGACACAGAUCGAAAGAAUGACAAGAAGAGCAAAAGUGACAAAAAGAAGGACAAGAAAAAACGCAAGAAGGCUUCGACGAGUUCAGAGAGCAGCUCCAGUGAGGAUGAGAGCAUGUCCUCGGAUGACGGCUCAUCUGAUGAGAGUUCAUCGUCGUCCAAGUCUAAGAAGAAGAAAAGCAAGAAGAACAAGCACAAGAAGAAGGCUCAGAAAUCGAAAGGAAAGAAGGACAGCAAGAAGGCCACCAAGAACAAGAAGGGUAAAAAGAAAGACGGCAAGGACAAGAAGGAGAAGACAGAAGAGGAGAAGCAGAAGGAGCAAGAGAAGCAAGCCGAGAAGGAUAGAAAGGAGCAGGAGAAGAAACAAAAGGAAGAAGAACGAAACAGGCAGAAGCAGCUUGAAAAAGAAAAGAACGAAAAGCGUGGCAAAGCAAAGAAGGCUCUCAAUGAUCUGGUUGCUGCCUUGGCCGAUGUCACCCGCCGGGAGAAGAAGGCUGUCGAUAUGUAG